UCCCCUUUACGCUGGUUUACCUUGGGUAAGCGUAACAUAUCACCGACCCAAUUCAACAUCUCUUUUAUUUGUUUUGUGUAAAUAAUGAAAAAAUCUUCAAGUCUCACUUGAAAACACGAUUUCACACUCUCUCUCAUCCCAUCGUCUCUGGAACAAACGAGAAGCGCAGCCUCAACAACGACGACAAACGCUAAACACCACCGCCAUUUUGCUGGGAGAUUCCUCUGCUAGUCGCCGGUAGCAGAUGUCUGUUUAAUGCAUCUGUGAAGUAGGGGGAGUGGAGGUUCUUUGUUUGAAAAAAUUGGUGGAGAGUGCAGGAGACAACAAUGACUGCUUUGUUGUCAAGUGAUCCUAUGCAGUUUGGAAUGUUUGAUAGUGGUCCAUAUAGGAAUGCUGAUGAUAGUAAGGCGGAAGAAAAUGGUGGAAGGUGGUAUUUUUCACGUAAAGAAAUCGAGGAAAACUCCCCAUCAAGACCAGAUGGCAUUGAUUUGAAGAAGGAGACUUACCUACGUAAAUCAUAUUGCACAUUCUUGCAAGACUUGGGUAUGCGUCUCAAAGUGCCCCAAGUAACGAUUGCUACAGCUAUAAUCUUUUGUCACCGUUUCUUCCUCCGUCAAUCACAUGCAAAGAAUGACAGGAGGACAGUUGCAACUGUCUGUAUGUUUCUUGCAGGCAAGGUUGAAGAAACUCCUCGUCCUUUGAAAGAUGUUAUCCUUGUUUCUUAUGAGAUUAAUAACAAAAAGGAUCCCGAGGCAAUACAAAGAAUCAAACAGAAGGAAGUGUAUGAACAACAAAAGGAGUUAAUAUUAUUGGGAGAACGUGUUGUUCUUGCAACUCUGGGUUUUGAUUUUAACGUGCAUCAUCCGUAUAAACCACUAGUAGAGGCAAUAAAGAAGUUCAAGGUUGCCCAAAAUGCCCUUGCUCAAGUUGCAUGGAAUUUUGUGAACGAUGGGCUCCGGACAUCUCUGUGCUUGCAAUUUAAGCCCCAUCACAUCGCAGCUGGUGCCAUUUUCUUAGCCGCCAAGUUCCUCAAAGUCAAACUCCCUUCCGAUGGCGAGAAAGUCUGGUGGCAGGAGUUCGAUGUCACCCCCCGCCAGUUGGAAGAGGUGAGCAACCAAAUGUUGGAACUGUACGAACAAAACAGAGUGGCGCCAGCUCAGACGAGUGAAGUGGUUGACGGGAGUACAGGUGGCGGGGUGAAUCAAAAGGGGGCUGCCACGAGAGCUGUUGGCAUGGAUGAAGAACAUGAACAUGGAGCAAACAGAAGCAGCUCAAACCCUACAUCGUCACGUCCCCCGCCCGAUCAGGAUGGCCCACCAAGAACCUCUGAAGUCAAUGAAAGUCAACAUGGAGGUGAUGAUGUUAACCACAGGGAAGAUGGUUCUGAAGGGCAUGAGGGAAGUCGUAAAGAGAAAUAUUACAAAGGGCAGUCGCCACAGGAUGCUAUAAAAAAGAUUGAUAAGGAUAAGGUGAAGGCGGCGCUUGAGAAACGGAGGAAGGCGCGUGGUGGGGACGUGACACGGAGGACUGAUUUCAUGGAUGAAGAUGAUUUGAUUGAGAGGGAGUUGGAAGAUGGGAUUGAGUUGGCUGCUGAAUCAGAGAAAAGGAAACAUAAUCACAACAAUAAUUGGUCUAAAACAGCAGCAGCAGCAGGAGGAGGUGCGAAUGAUGAUGAUGGUUAUGAUGAUAAUGAUGAUGAUGAUGUUGAGGAUGGACAGUACCAUACUUCAUCCAAAGGACAGACAUCAAGGAGUCAAGAGUUUGAGGCUGUGGAAGAAGGGGAAGUUGGGGCCAUCAGGAGGAUGUUUGAUGAUGAUGAUCAUGAUCAUGAUCAUGAUGAUGUAAGGUUGUCACCAAAGUCUAGUAAUAGGAAAAGGAAAGGUGGUGGGAGUCCAUCUGAGAAACGAAGGAGAAACUAGAGAGAACCCAAUCCAUCCAACAUCUCAUUUAUUCUUGAACCCUGUUUCUGCUCUGGUAUGUCAUCAAUGUAUUUGUUUGAAAAACUAAAUUUUGGUUUCCUUUUUUUUUUAUUCCCUUCUUCUUCUUCCUCUUC